AUGCAUGAUAAUGCAAUAAUGAACAUUUGUUGUGCCGAUAAAAAUUCAAAUAAACGAACGUUCACUGAACAAUUUGUUGAUUAUGUCAAACGACGAAAAUUACCAAGGUGUUUACCUUGUACAUCCCCAAUAAAAUCGAGUACAAGUCUAAAAGAAUCGAAUGAUGAUGAUCAAGACGAAGAAAACAUUAAUAAAGAAAAUGUACAUCCACCGCUAUCAAUAACACAAGAAAUAAAACCAAAGAUAAAAGAAAAAUUAGGAUCAUUAUGCAUCGCAUUUCAAACGACAGACGAUCUUCUGACUUUUCACGUAAUACGUGCCAGACAGUUACGUACUCCCCAUACUAAUGAAUCAACAACAAAAAUAUUGUACGAUACAUUUGUAAAAUUGACAAUACCAGCAUCUCCGACAACACCAAAAUAUGAACAAUAUUCAAAAAUUGUAAAAAAAUCAGAUUCACCAGUUUAUGAUCAAAAAUUUGAAAUUCCACUAUCGAAACAUACUUCAUUGAAACGAUUGACCAUUUCUGUUUACAAUCAAUUAUCGAAUUCCAAGGAAAUUAGUGUUGAGGUGUCAUCAAAAUGUAAAUGGUAUUGUUUAUUACCGGAAAAUAUUGGCAAACGCAAACGUAUGGCAUUAAAUAUUAAAAUAGCCAAAUACCAGUGGACAUCUUCGUCGAGAACUAAAUGUCAACAAUCACGCGAACAUGAUGAUCAUCAAACAUAUCCGCCAACGAAUUAUGGAAAUAGUUUAAAUGGAUUUCUAUUAAAGGUCGAUGUACAUGAUCGCGAUGAAAUUCAGUUUGGCUUGGGUUGUCCUUGUACAGUUGUUUCUGUUCAACAUCGUUCAUCAUUUCUUCAUUCAACUUCUACUCGUCCACAGCCGGGUGAUAUAUUAGUGAAAAUAAAUGAUAAAAAUGUGACCCGUGCUCAACCGAAAGCUGUUAUGAAACUUAUGAAAAAUCUUCAAUAUCCCAUUAGAUUAGAAUUUUAUCGUCGUUAUUUAGUAUUGACAACAAUUCCGGAUAAAGUACUUUUAAAUUCUGUUGAACAACAUCAGUUAUUACCUGAAACAUCAUUACUUUUAUUUAAAACUGAUCAAGAGGAAUCAUCCGAUGAAAAUAAUAAUGCAUUUUGCUCAUCUGAUAAAAUGUCGGCUAAUUCUUCAUCAUCAAGAAGUGAACAGUAUAUUCUUCAGCAACCUAUUUAUAAUAAAAAUAUCGUUAAACAUCGUCGACCUGAAACAACAAAAAAUUCAUUACUAAUGUCUCCGAUUGAUAAUUAUGAUUCGGGUGAUGGUGAUUCAGAUAUUGGUUAUCGUUCAGAAAGUACACCACACUCAGACAUUGAAAAUGACAAUAAUCGAUUAAAUGUAUUGUCCGAAUCCUAUCGUUUUGAUGCAUUAAAAUUAAUUGAAUUAGAAGAAAUGUUUAUAGCACAAUUAGAUUUAGGUGUACAAUUAUAUGCGAGACCAUUGAAACAUUAUCUUAUUUCCUCACAAGAACAUUCAAGGUUAUUUCAAAAUAUUGAAAAGAUAUUGGCAAUAUCUCGUUAUCAAUUAAAUAAACUUCGUUUAAUAUCAAAUUCUACUCUUGUUGAACAUGUUGGUAAAUUAUUUUACGAAAAAGUUCAAAUUAUUUGUGAAGCAUUUGAAACAUAUUCACAUGGUUACGUGGAAGCCUUGUAUACAUUAAAACAAUUAGAAAAAUGUUCGAGUUUUCAACGUUUUAUUCAAAAUAUUAACAAUGAACAUAAAUUAACACUUGAACAAUUUUUACAAAUACCAUUAAAACAUAUUGAAACAUUAUCAAAACACUUAGAUUCAUUAUGUUCAAAUUGUCAAAAUCCAAAUGAUGCUAAUUAUUUACUACAUGUUUUAAAAGAACUACGACAAUGUGCUUCUCGUGUUAUUGAAAAUUCAAAUGUAAAUCAGUUUUCUACAACUAUGACAUUGAACAGUGCCACAAAUUCAUUAUCAUCGACAAUGCCAACAAAACAACAACAACAACAACAACAACCAGAAGAUGCUGAAAUAGUUGAAUUACAAAAUAGAUUACAAUUUCCUCCGAAUAUUAAACCAAUAUCAUUAAUUGGUAAAAAUCGCCAUGUUAUCUUUUCGGGUGUUCUAUUAUUACAAAAUGAAACGAAGACAUACAUCGAUACAUGGUGUUUAUUGUUGAAUGAUAUGUUAUUAUUUACAUCGAAAAAUUCGGUUGAUGACAAUGGCCUUCAAGUUAUUUGUGAACCAUUGUUAUUAUCAGAUAUUAUCGAUUUUCGUGCUAGUGAACAACUGUGUGAUACUUUAAUAUUUUUACGUCAAAAACCUCAAUCACCAUAUCGAAUUCGUUAUCCAAAUAAAUGUUUCCAAACUGUAUGGCAAACUAUUCUUGAUCAACGUUUAAAACAUUGGCAAAAAUCUGUACUCGAAGAUUCUGUUGAUUCCGAUGAUUAUCAAAUUUGA